UCAUUUUCUGUGAAAUCUUAGUAUGCUUACCGUGUUUAACACAUACAAAUACUUUGAAAACACAAUAUAAUCUUCUCUUUCCUCAAACAAAUAUAAUACUCUAGCAACCCCACCUAGAUAGAUAUAUAUUCCCAAUUCUACUUCCAUCCAUUCAUGUUGUCUAGAACAGAUUAAAAUCUCCAUAAAACAUCUGUAAGAAAAAAAAAACAGCCAAGUUGUUAAUUACACCUGAAGGAACAUAUAUAUAAUAUGGAAGAGACUCUUGCUACAAUCCUGUAUGGGUGUAAAUUGGGUAAAGAGAUGGAAGCCAACUUGGCCAACUGGGCAAACCAAACAGGUGUCCUUUUAAGUAAAACAGAAGAGAUCAUUGCGGUAUUUAAUAAUGUAAAGGAAAGACUAAUGAGCCAGCAACAGCAACAUGUGGUUCAAGAAUGGCUGAGUAGUAGUGGUGCAGCUAGUCAGCAGGCAUUAGAAUUGUUCCAUGCAACAGAGAAUAUGAUUGAUCACAGAGCUAGGGCGGCGGCAUUUUCCCUGCCGCCGGACAGUGAUCAAAUCCAAAUGAGGUUGCAGCAACAGGUAGUGGGUCAGACUCAGGAUGCAUCUCAUGAUUCGAGUGGAGCGGGUGCUUCGUCUUCCUCCCCAAAACAACGACGACGAAUGGGCGAUACAGACAGAAGAACAGUGAGAGUGGCUGCUCCAAGAAUGGGAAAUCUUGAGCUCCCACCUGAGGACGGUUAUACUUGGAGAAAAUAUGGUCAGAAAGAGAUUCUUGGAUCUAGGUUCCCUAGGGCUUAUUAUAGAUGCACCCAUCAAAAGCUAUACCAUUGUCCAGCCAAGAAGCAAGUUCAGCGUCUUGAUAAUGAUCCUUACGUAUUUGAAGUAACAUAUCGAUCUCAACACAUUUGCUAUAUGUCCGCCACAGCUCCCACCGUGCCUCCACCAUCUGUGGAAGAGAUAACUCAUCAAACCACCACAACUCCUCCACCGCUGCUGCCACUGCCGCCACCAACUUCAGCCUCCUUAAGCGGGCAUUGGCUCUCCAUGGAUAUUAAGCCACAAGUAGAAGCUGGCACAAGCUACAGUACCGCUCAAUUUGACAUACAAAGGGAUUUUGGACAUGCUAGUGGUGGUUCACUAACUAGCAUAUGCAAUGUUGUGACCGCCUGCGUGGACGGUGGUGCGGGCCCUUCCGGUAGUAGAUUUGGAAGAGAAGUUGACUACCAGCCAGUGGUGGAUAUGGCGGACGCCAUGUUUAAUUCUGGGAGUAGUAGCAAUACUAGCAUGGACAUCAUCUUUUCUUCUAUUGAUGAUAAAUGGGACACGACACAAAAGAAAGAAUAGUUCAUAUACACAUGAUUGAUUAACUAAACACGACGACACUCUCUAAUUUAUCGUUCAUGGAACUUAGGUAAUUAAUUACCAACAAACUACGCCUGACCGUGUAAUACUCAUGAUCACAAGAUUGUGAAAUACCAACAUAUUGAUUAACUUGUCUAGCUUAAAUUUAGUGCCAUUCUAUUCCAAUUAAUAAUUUUUUGUUUUGUCAGAUUUUGUACCAAUUAAAAGUUGUUCAAUUUGAUUAGAUAGUGACAAUUUUUCUUCUUAUUGAAGAUUUUCUAAUAAGACACCUAGAUCAGUAUGGAAUACAACAAAUUCAAUUUUGAGUGUGUUGGAAGUCGAUACACACAUUGAUGGAUGGUUAAUAACUUGCUUCAUCAUGAAGUUACAACUCCACUAAAUGACUGCCUAGAGUAAAACAGAAAAAGUUAUGUACAUUAAGUUGGCUCAUACUCCCUUCAUUUCAUUUUACUCGUUCCAAAUUGGGAUGACACAACUAUUAAGAAAAAUAAUAAAUAACAUGGCUA